AUGAUUUAUAAAUUAAUUGGAAUUUCAGGUUAUCUUAUUUAUCUAAUCUACUUUACUAAGUUUUUAGAAUGGAUUUGGCCUAAUGAGAUACAAAAUAGUAAUAUAUUAAUGUAAUUUAGAAAAACUAUUUUUUAUUUUGGUAAUGGUAGUUGUUCAAAAUGUAAUUUAAGUUGUUGUUUGUGCAUAUUAUUAGAUAUUUUAUUCAAUGAAUCAUCCAUUCUUUGAAUAAUUUAAAUUAGUAUAGGUAUAUUAAUAAUUAAAUAAGAAACCUUGGCCUUGGGAAAAAAAUAAAGAAGAAUGGAAAAUAAUGAAAAUAAAAACUUUGAAAUCAAUUAUAUUAAAUUAAUCUCUUGCUGCUUUACUUGUUUCAGUGAUACCUCCAUUUGAAUGUAGAAUGGAUACUAGUAGUUUUCCAAGUUACUUUGAAAUUAUGAAACAUGUCAUUAUAUGUCAUCUUAGUGAAGAUUUCAUAUUUUAUUGGAGUCAUAGAAUUUUACAUUUACCAGGAUUGUACCCAAAGAUACAUAAAAUACAUCAUUAAUAUAAUGUUUCAAGUAAGUUUUUAACUAAAAUUAGUUGCCAUUGCANGA